ACGUUCAUUGCCCAUAUAUCUCCUCCAUGAACUAGAUAUAUCUCCGAUGGCUAUUGAUCGUAGAUUGGCGUUUGUCGCGCUAAGGAUGUUUUAGAUAUUGAUAGGAUGGUGCUCGGUGGCUUAGCCUGACUGGUCCCAUUCUCACAUACCGUGACAAAAGUAGAAGUCUCCCUUUACCACACGAGUUUCUCCUGGUCUACUUUGUAUAUUGGAGUAGUUGUCUCUACCGCUGGCUGCGUUCUUUCGAAAAUCGGACGUACAUGCUUUUCUAAGGCGGCGGAGUAAACCUCGCGCGGAGAAAAGUCACGAUGCCAGGAAGACUGUGGAGUAAGGCCAUCUUUGCGGGCUACAAGCGUGGUCUGAGGAACCAGAGGGAGCACACUGCAUUGCUGAGGGUGGAGGGGGUCAACACCCGCACCGAGGUGGACUUCUACCUGGGCAAGCGCUGCGCAUAUGUCUACAAGGCAAAGAAGAAGACCGUGACCCCUGGCGGUAAGCCCAACAAGACCCGUGUCAUCUGGGGAAAGGUGACUCGUGCCCAUGGAAACAGCGGCAUGGUUCGUGCCAAGUUCCGCAACAACCUCCCAGCCAGGGCCAUGGGACACAGGAUCAGAGUGAUGAUGUACCCCUCCCGAAUCUGAGCUGCUCCUUUGUUGUUGUAAAUAUACAAUAAAAAAAUCUGGUCCCAA